AUGUUGUGGGCGGGGCGUCGUUGGGAAUCAGGAACAAUCUUCAGCAGCCUAUGAUCUGUUAAUGCUCUUGCCUGUGUUCAGCGGUCCUGAGCAAAGUGCAUUGCUCUUCUUAUAUCUUUCCACCUAAAAGUUAUGCCAACAUGGGCUCUACAUGUAAGAUCAACGCCGCGAUGGGUAAUUGGAGGAGACUGUCUCUGUUUGUUUGGGCGAGCGCCCUCAGCUCGUGCCUAUGCAGAGCUGAAGACAGUGCGAUGGAGAACAUCGUGACAGAGAAGAAAGCUGAAGAAAGCCACAGACAAGACAGCGCCGACCUGCUGGUCUUUAUCCUGCUCCUCACCCUGACAAUCUUGACCAUAUGGUUGUUCAAACACCGCCGCUUCAGGUUUCUGCACGAGACGGGACUGGCGAUGAUAUACGGGUUGCUUGUGGGUGUUGUCCUGCGUUAUGCUAUUCAUGUUCCCAGUGACAUGAACAAUGUUACACUGAGCUGUAAUGUCAAUGGCACUCCAGCCACACUGCUGGUGAAUGUCAGUAGUAAGUUCUAUGAGUACACACUGAAAGGAGAGAUCAGUGCCAAUGAAGUCGAUGAUAUUCAGGACAACGAGAUGCUCCGCAAGGUGACCUUUGAUCCAGAGAUCUUCUUCAAUAUUCUCUUGCCUCCUAUCAUAUUUCAUGCUGGAUAUAGUUUAAAACGAAGACAUUUCUUCCGGAACUUGGGCUCCAUUCUUGCCUAUGCGUUUGUGGGAACCGUGGUGUCUUGUUUCAUCAUUGGGUUGUUUAUGUAUGGCUGUGUGAUGCUGAUGAAGCAAAUUGGUUAUCUGGGUGGCGAUUUCUUCUUCACUGAUUGCCUUUUCUUUGGUGCCAUUGUCUCAGCCACUGACCCAGUGACAGUUCUGGCCAUCUUCAAUGAGCUGCAGGUGGAUGCUGACCUAUACGCCCUGCUUUUUGGAGAAAGUGUUCUGAAUGAUGCCGUCGCUGUCGUACUUUCCUCGUCAAUUGUAGCAUAUCAGCCUGAGGGAGACAACACUCACACCUUUGAAGCCAUGGCCAUGCUGAAGUCCUUUGGCAUCUUCCUGGGGGUCUUCAGUGGUUCUUUUGCUCUUGGAGUGGCAACUGGAGUCGUUACUGCAUUGAUAUCUAAGUUCACUAAGCUUAGGGACUUGCCGUUGCUGGAGACGGCACUGUUCUUCCUCAUGUCCUGGAGCACAUUCCUACUGGCCGAGGCCUGUGGAUUUACGGGUGUGGUGGCAGUUCUGUUCUGUGGAAUGACACAAGCCCAUUACACCUUUAACAAUCUGUCUCCUGAAUCUCAGGACAGGACAAAACAAUUAUUUGAGCUUCUGAAUUUUUUGGCUGAGAACUUCAUAUUUUCCUACAUGGGCUUGACAUUGUUUACCUUCCAUAACCAUGUCUUCAACCCGAUCUUCAUAGUGUGCGCAUUCCUGGCUGUGUUUCUGGGCAGAGCGGCGAACAUCUACCCCCUUUCCUUCCUGCUUAACUUGGGCCGUAGAAACAAGAUCAGCUCCAACUUUCAGCACAUGAUGAUGUUUGCAGGUCUACGUGGUGCCAUGACUUUUGCCUUGUCAAUCAGGGACACAACAACAUAUGCACGGCGGAUGAUGUUCUCCACCACACUGCUGGUGGUCUUCUCCACUGUUUGGAUCUGCGGUGGAGGCACAACUCAGAUGUUGUCCUGCCAGAAAAUCCGUGUUGGAGUGGACACGGAUCAGGAGAACUCUAUCGGUCCCGAUGGAGUGGAGAGGAGGAGCACUAAACAGGAGAGCGCCUGGCUCUUUAGGAUUUGGUACAACUUUGAUCACAAUUAUCUAAAGCCCAUUUUGACACACAGCGGCCCACCGCUCAACGCCACACUUCCUGCUUGCUGUGGUCCUCUGGCGCGCUGCCUCACCAGCCCACAGGCGUAUGAGAACGAGGAGCAGCUGAAAGACAGUGACUCUGAUCUGAUCCUGAACGACGGUGACAUCACGCUGACGUACGGUGAUGUCACUGUGAGCACAGAUGCUGCAGGUGCUCACACGAGCGGGACGCCCGUCGGAGGAGUGCCUGUGAACUCUGACGAGGCUCUGGACCGAGAGCUGGCGUUCGGUGAUCACCAGCCAGUGAUCCGAGGGACCCGAUUGGUCCUUCCCAUGGAUGAUUCGCUGCCUCUGGACUCCCACCAGCACCGGCACAAGAACGAAACGAUGAGUUGAAUGGGCCGAGUCUCUUCUCUCUAUCACGUCUCAUCCAGAGCGAUCUCUCUCGGCACCACUCCUGUCUCUGAAGUGGCUGGUUUGAUGUCUCUACCUCAUUCAUCACUCUUUCUUUUAUGUCAUCCUAAAAUGUUUUAUGAUUUAUUCACUUCUCAUUUGCAAUCAGACCACUUAGCAUCUGACAUCACAUGCUCUGGUUUCUCUGAGGUUAUUACAACAACAGAAUAAGCAUAUUUUAUUAUCUGUAUAGCGAGGAGUAAAUUUGCAGUGACCUGGCCUGCAUGCUUAUUUGUGUCCUCUCUUGACGUGCGAGCGCUUGUUUAGGAGACGUGAAGAGUCUGUGGCAGAUUCCUGUGGGUCUGAUGCUUUUCACUGCCUUCUUUCUUCAGAGGCGUGCUGAUUGGUGGCUCUGCGUUUGCUGUGCAGUUACAAUCAAGUGCCUGUCCAAUGUAGUUUCCCCCCUUGGAGCAAAAUGACACUCUUUGCCAUCCACUAGAGGGAGGCCUUGUAUUUUGAUAACUGUGAUUGGCUGUAGAGAUGUGUUUGGAUCUUAUAUUGUAACCUCUGACUGUGAAUCUCGGAAGGUUUUUACGCCUUGUGUUUUUGUUCCGCCCAGUAAGACGAUAGAGAGCCAUUCAUACGGUGCAAUUUCAUUUUUGUUCUAAAAGAAAAUAUAUGAAUUUCUUAUUUUUGUCCAUGUAGUUCAAAUCAUUUAUGAAAUAAAUGUCAUUUUUACGAAUGUCUAAAAUAACGUGUUUACCAUUGGGACUAAAACCCCCCCGAAAAUAUAGUAAAAAUAGCCCAUACUUUUUGUAGUAGGGCCAUUUAGGAUAAUGCAUUAAACAGUCGGUAAAAAAAAAAAAAA